AUGGACACUGCAACCUUAUCCCUAUGCCAAUGGCCUAUUUUUUCUUCCUCUCCUUCUUCUUUGCGUAUGCAUGUGAGAGUUUUAUGCAGAAUCCCUCACCUUUCAGCAUCCACAGUUGACAAAACUCUCAGCCAGAUUAACAAUUCUGGUAUCGUAGCUUGCCUCAGGGCUAACAGUGCAGAAGUGGCCAUGAAAGCCGCAAAUGCUGCAAUAGCAGGUGGAGUUUCUGUUUUGGAGAUUGUGGUGUCGACUCCAGGUGUGUUUGAGGUUCUACAUCAGCUUGUGAAGGAGCAUCCUACAGUGGCCCUUGGGGUUGGAACUGUUCUCAGGAUUGAGGAUGCUAAAAAUGCAAUUAAAGCCGGAGCCAAAUUUCUUUUGAGUCCUGCAACUGUUAAGGACAUAAUGGUAAUGGAGUACGUUAAGAGUGGUGAAGUUUUAUAUAUUCCUGGCACAAUGACUCCAACUGAAAUAUUGUCUGCAUGUGAUGCAGGUGCUAAAAUGGUAAAGAUAUAUCCAGUUUCUGCACUUGGAGGGUUUCAGUACAUAUCAGCACUCAAGAAGACCUUUCCUCAUGUCUGUAUGGUUGCUUCCCAGGGAAUAACUAUAGAUGCUAUUGAGGAAUAUAUUUUGCGAGGAGCAUCAUCAGUUGUUUUGUCAGACGCCAUAUUUGACAAAGAGGCAAUGGAGCAACAUAAUUUCGAUAAGAUACAUAAAUUUGCACAUUCUGCUACCUUACGGGGUAACACAGCUGUGAAUAGAUAA